GGAGAUCAAAGUUAAGUCUGACCUAGUCUUCAUUGGAAAUUGGUUCCUAACCAGGAAUUAAGAUGGCAACCCUUGUGACCCGUAAAGAUAUCCCCCCGUGGGUGAAAGUUCCUGAAGACCUGAAAGAUCCAGAAGUAUUCCAAGUCCACACGCUGGUGCUAAAAUCUCUGUUUGGCCCACAGGGAUCUCGAAUGCCUCACAUCGAGCAGGUGAGCCGAGCCAUGUUUGAACUGAAGAUUCUGGAAUCUUCCGGACUUACCGAGGUCUUAAUUUAUGGCUCUUGCAACCACAAGCUUCGGGCUAAAUGGAUGCUUCAGUCCAUGGCUGAGAGGUACCGCCUGCGCCAGGAAAGAGGAAUGCUCAAGCUGGAGGAAGCCAUGAAGACCCUGGAACUGGGCCAGUGUUUGGAGUGAAGCCAGUUUCCAGUCAGAAUGACUCCCACCUGCACACACACAGAUUGAGCCGAGGCUGGUGUUUGGUUCUGGCGUGGUUUUUAACUACGUUAUAUCCUUUAUAGUCUAACGAGAUAUUCCUGGAUCCCCGCUGUGACUUCUGAUGAGAAUAUCUCUUUUUCCAAGGCUGUUAU